AUUUUUCCCUACUCUAUAUAUGUGUGCAUGCUUUCACAGACAGACUUCACAUUUAGCAAACUAGAGGAAGAGGGAAAAAGAAGAGGAAAGGGAAUUCCUAGUUGGGUAUUUUACUUGAUCUUCCUACCUCCUUUUUCCAGUUUCAGAGUCUUUGUUUUUGCUUAUUUCGGGGUUCACUUGGGUUUUUGCCUUUUCUUCAAGAAGAAAGGAAAGACAGAGAGAGAGAGAGAGAGAUGGGGAGAGGUAGGGUUCAGUUGAAGAGGAUAGAGAACAAGAUCAACAGGCAAGUUACUUUUUCCAAAAGGAGAGCUGGGUUGUUGAAGAAAGCUCAUGAGAUCUCUGUCUUGUGCGAUGCUGAGGUCGCUUUGAUUGUCUUCUCUCACAAAGGGAAGCUCUUUGAAUACUCCAGUGAUUCCUGCAUGGAGAAGAUACUUGAACGCUAUGAAAGGUACUCUUAUGCUGAAAGACAGCUUGUCGCUACUCAGCCAGGAUCUCAGGGGAACUGGUCCAUGGAGUAUAACAGACUUAAGGCUAAGGUUGAGCUCUUGCAGAAAAAUCACAGGCACUACAUGGGAGAAGAUUUAGACUUUUUGAGUCUCAAGGAGCUGCAGAAUUUGGAGCAGCAGCUUGAUACUGCUCUUAAACACAUUCGAUCUAAAAAAAACCAACUCAUGUAUGAGUCUAUAUCUGAGCUUCAGAGAAAGGAGAAGGCAAUACAGGAGCAAAACACCAUGCUAGCAAAGCAGAUCAAGGAGAAGGAGAAGACUGUUGCGCAGCAGUCUCAGUGGGGGCAGCAAGGCCAUGGCCUCAACACAUCACCCUUUCUGCUGCCACAGCCACAUCCUUGUUUGAAUAUUAGUGGAACAUACCAGGAAGAAGCACCAGAGAUGAGGAGGAAUGAACUUGAGCUUACCCUUGAACCUAUCUAUUCGUGCAAUCUGGGAUGCUUUGCUGCAUGAAUUGUAGUACGAUAUAAGAAUGCUUGUUGUUGCCCGCCGCUAAAGAAUAUGGACAUAGAUGCAUUAUGGUUAAACAAAAAAAAAAAAAAAAGAAAAAGCAUGAGAAGGAUAAAUUGUUUGAAACUCAUGCGUUUUAUGUCUGUUUGAUUUGACAUAUCUAUUCUGAUGAUAAGUAUAUAUUUGGAUCUUGGAUUUCUCAUAUAUUUUAAAUCCAGUUGUUGCCUUUGUUGUUCCA